AUGGUUAAGCCUCGUGGAACUCUAGCUGUUAUCGAACAGAUUUACCAUGAUAUCCCAGCAUUCACAGAUGUCUUCACAGAGGAAUCGUUCUAUUUCUUUGCUUUUUGUUUUGUUUGUGCAACAAUUAUUGUUGCAUUCGCUUUAUCUAGAUUCAUAACUAUUAAACCUGUAGACUUGUAAGCUUUAAGUGUUGUUGGAACAAUGAGGUUUAAAUAAAUACCAUUAAUUGAUAA